GGACUUAGGCGCCGGAAGUGGCGAGGGUGGGGUCGGCGGCCCCGCGGGAAGUCGGCUCAGCAAAGAUGCUGCUGGACUUGUCUGAGGAGCAUAAGGAGCACCUGGCUUUCCUACCGCAAGUGGACAGCGCGGUGGUCGCCGAGUUUGGGCGGAUAGCGGUGGAGUUCCUGAGGCGAGGAUCGAACCCUAAGAUCUACGAAGGCGCCGCCAGAAAACUCAGUGUGAGUAGUGACACUGUCCAGCAUGGUGUGGAAGGAUUAACGUAUCUCCUCACUGAGAGCUCAAAGCUUAUGAUAUCUGAACUGGAUUUCCAAGACUCUGUUUUUGUUUUGGGAUUCUCUGAAGAAUUAAACAAAUUAUUACUUCAGCUUUAUCUGGACAACAGAAAGGAGAUCAGAACUAUUUUGAAUGAAUUGGCACCUGACCUUCCCAGUUACCAUAGCCUUGAGUGGCGACUGGAUGUACAGCUUGCAAGCAGAAGUCUCCGGCAACAGAUUAAACCAUCAGUGACUUUCAAGCUACACCUUAAUCACAAUGGAGAUCAAAACACCAAAGUUCUGCAGACAGACCCAGCCACCCUGCUUCAUUUAGUUCAGCAGCUGGAGCAAGCAUUGGAGGAGAUGAAAACAAACCACUGUAGGAGAGUAGUCCGCAACAUCAAGUAGUACCGGUUUCAAGAUUUUAGUCCUUUAAAUCAUUUGUGAAUUGGUGAUAUACAGGAAUUACUUUUCAGAGUUAAUUUUUUGUUAAUUGAUGGUGAUAAGUAUCUAGAUUCCAUGAAAUUUCUUUUCCUAUUCUGGGAUAUUGAAGUUAUGAUCAGAAGCUAAAGUACAGUUUCUUCCCUGGUGCUAAAUCUGGUUAGCUUCUUAACAGAUUAAAAUGUACUUUGUAUUUUAAAUGUGUGAGUAGGAUUGAAGUAGCUAGAAAUGAAUCUUUACUGUUCAUAUCUUGUGUAUAUAUGAAUGACUAUUCUGUUUUUGGUACUUCUUUGCUUUAUUAUUUUCCUCCUUGCUGGGGAUUUAGCUCAGUGGUCUCGCUGCCAGCUGUGCAAGCACAAGGACCCGAGUUCGAUCCCCGGAAAAAAAAAAAAAAAAAAAAUUUUCCUCCUUACUGAUCAAAAUUUGAAAAUAAAAUUUACAAUGUAACACUAUUCAGAAUAUUUUCAGACUUUUUUGACUUUAAAAAGCCACAGAAUAAUUUAAAGUAAAUAUGAUUUUUAUAACUGUUAUAGGCAGUUUGUGCAUUGUUUUUCUUUGUGUUAUGCUGAUAUGUAUAGUAUUUCCCAUAUUACUUCUUUGAGUUGUCAUGGCUAAGUAGCUUAAAUAGUACUUAAAUUUGUGUAAUCAUAUAUUUUUUCAAGGGCUAAUUUUCCCCCGAUUACCCAAAGCAACUAGGAAACAUGCUGUCAUUUAUAUUUGUAAAUAGUGCAUAUAGAGUAAUAUAAUUAUUGAUUAUCUAGAUAUGAAUUUUAGUGACUUUAUAAUUUUAUUUGAAUAAAAUAUAAAAGUAGGGGAGGAAAUCCAUCUUUAUUACAUUACAAGCAAAUAUCCCUUUUUAAUUAUAAGCUUGAUUUUUAUUUUGUUCUACUUUUAAUUAGGUAAAUAAAAGCUAUUGGCUUGAAAAACUCACAAACUGAGUUUUCAGGUCAUCCUGAGAUAGUACAAAAAGACAAUGUUAGAUUUGGGGAGAAUAAUUAUAUGGAAGGGUAGAAAUGAGUAUUUAGUCUUACCUUUGUAUUCAGGGCCUUAUCCUGGGAUUUUUAUUCCUAGGAAACAGCCCAGGAAGGCCUUUAGAACCUUCAUACUCAUCAGUUGUACUCUUGGCUCUACCAGCACUUUGCCUCUCAAAAAUUUUGGAGAUCUUCAUUGGGGCAUACUGGCACAUGCCUGUAAUCCAGCACUCUGGAAGGCUAAGACAGGAUCACAAAUUCAAGCCUAGUAGGGACAAUUGAUGACCUAGCAAGACUCUGUCCAAAAUAAAAAAAUUACUAGGGAUGUAGUUUAGUAUGGAGGCCCUGGAUUCAAUCCCCAGUACUGCCUCCCCCACCAAAAAAAGUGAUUUUUAAAAUCAGAGUUCAUCAUAAUGUCUUUCUCUAUAGAAAACAAAGAAACUAACGGAACAGAGGCCAGUGGCAGAAAAGUAUGCUGGAAAUUGCCAUGGAUUGUCCCCUGCAGGUAUCUGGGCCACCCUUUUCCUACAGGUGUAUGUUCUACAGUUACAAAGCAACUGUAUUAUUAGAUAUUAGCAAACUAUAAAAAUAUUUUUAGGUCAGGCUUUUUUUUCUUCUUAAGACCUUUUUAUCAGCACUAGACAUCGAACUCAGGACCUUGCACUUGCAAGGGAGGCACAGUGCCACUGAGCUAAAUGCCCGGCCCUCUAAUCAGAAAUAUUUUUAAUUAUAGUGUCACCUCAGUUAAUGGAGUACUUAUAUUUACAGUCUGAAACAAAAAGGAACUUGAUGGAUUACAUGAAUCAGCAUAGUUCACUGGAGUGAAAAGCAACAUGUCUGCUGAGGUUAUAUGAUAAAAAUAGCUCUGUAAAGUUUCUUAUUUUUCCAAAUUGGAAGGAAAAUAAAUAAGGCUGGCCCCACCAAGACUGAAAUAAUAGCUCUGUGUCCCCUUAGCAACCUUUUUUCCACCUCUGUCCAUUCUUGCCCCAAUCAAAAGAAGAAAGUGUGUUAGUCUUAUUUACAGUAUUUAUUAGACCCAAACUCCCUGACCUCCUUUCAUUGCAGUCUACUUCUGUGCUGUUUUGCCUUCUUCACCUUUUGGGCAGAGGGUAAAUUGACAGCAGUCUUCCUACUUUUAUAAUCUGAGGCUAACUUUUUAGUACAGGCCAUCAAAUGAGUCCCUUUCAUUUCUUUCUUUUUUGGGGGGGGGGGUCGAACUCAGGAUCUUAAUGCAGGCACAUUGCCACUGAGCUAAAUCCCCAGCCCUUCAUAUCUUGUUCGAACAUUGUACACCUUAUGGACUCCUCUGCCUUGUGUUUUAUGGCAUAUUUGAUGUUUUUGUAGCUUGUAUAUGAAUAUAAUUUUCUACAGACACAGUCACUGUUCCCCUGUCUGAUAUGUCCUGACUCUGGAUAAUGUGUCUUAACAUCUAUAUCUAAAUUUUUAUUAAAGCUUUCUGGAUUAUGAGUAUGCUGAUUUUUCAAGAUUCGCUGAUAUAUGAUUAGAUUUGAGAAUCAUCCUUCAUGUCCCAAAGCCAAAAUAGUAACAUCUCAGAACAGAGUUGUGAGCACAUACCAGUAUAUGUAUCAGAGUUUACAUGUACUUUAGUCUUUGGAACUCUCUUUUAAGUGUUUAAAAAAUUUCAACAAAUUCAACAAAUUUAUUUUGUUAUUGUUAUUUCCAGCUAAUAGGAAAAUUGAUAAAGUUGCCUUAAGAAGAUAAUGAGGGCCAGGGAUUUGGCUCAGUGGUUUCGCCGCCUGCUGCGCAAGCGGAAGGAUCUGAGUUCCAUCCCCGGCACCAAAAAAAAAAAAAAAGAAGAUAAUGUAUUUUGUUUGAGAACUGAAAA